UGAUAUAAAAGGUACGACUUUUGUUAAAGUCUUUUAAAGAAAAUGUUCAGUUAGAAAAACAUAUACUUUAAACAUUUAGAAAGAACACUUCAUUACGUAUCAUCCGGCGAUGAAGGUUUGUUUAUUAUUAUACUGUUUGAUUUAUGGAGGGAAAGGAUACACAAUCUUAAAUGAGACCAAACUUCACGAGGAUAUAUUUAAGAACUAUGACAGGGGGCUCCGGCCAGGAGAGAAUCGAACUAUGCCCACAGAAAUUGGUGUAUUCUUCUAUAUGACCAGUCUCAAAGAGCUUGUAGAAAGUGACGGCAAAAUCGGUAUAGUAGGUACUCUUGGUUUAGAAUGGACAGAUGUUCGACUCGUUUGGGAGCCAACCCGUUAUGGAGAUCACCUUCAUCAAACUACUGUUUUUGUUCAUGCCAUUUGGACGCCGUAUAUAGUCCUUUGGAAUCCAUAUGAUAAAAUUAAAUCCGUUCUUUCAAACAAACGUUUUUGUAAGGUCUGGACUGAUGGAUACAUCCACUGCUUACCACAGAACAUUUUGGAGGCUUCGUGCGAUGCCGACGUUACAUUUUAUCCCUUUGAUUCGCAGACUUGUACGUUGCAGCUAUAUGCUCCAGGAUAUUUAUCUUCAGACAUCACCUUCCGGCCCAUAUCGCCGACGUUUAAAAUGGAUUUUUAUGAGGAGAAUGGACUGUGGUCUGUAGAACGAACUAGGAUCUAUGUACACACUCAACAAAUUGAGAAUAUAAACUUUGAAAUUCUGAGAUUGGAAAUAACAUUGCAACGAAGAAGCACUUACUACAUAGUGAUUCUUUUGCCAAUCUUUUUGAUAAACUUCAUGCAUAUCUUGGUUUUUGCGUUGCCUAGAAAUUCAGGUGAGAGAGUAGGAUUUUCGAUCACUGUUCUUUUAACCGAGGUUCUAUUCCUUACUAUGAUUCAGGAAAAACUACCGGAAGCUUCUGAACCGGGUAUAUCAUACUUGAUCUAUAAAUUGUUGGUAGACUUGCUGCUUAGCUAUUCAAUAAUGGUGGUAGUGGUGGUGUCGAGCAAUUUUUAUCAGAGAGAAGACGCCGAAGAACAAGAGGAAUGUACAAAAACGGAGAGUGGAUUCGCAAAGUUGUUAUGCACGAGGAAACAAAGAAAAGGAGACAAACGUUUUUGGAAAGAUGCUGCUGGAAAAGCCACUGACAAAUUAUGUUUGAUUUCGUUUUUAAUUCUGUUCGCAUUAAACAAUAUAGUUUAUUUUGGUGCAGUGGCGGCUAAAGCUUGAUUUUGAUUCCAUAAGAAAAAAUGUUUUUAUUCGAAAUAUCUGAUCGGUCUAUUAAUUUAACAGAUACCAAGAACUAUUUUAACAGAAUAGAUGAAUGCUCGUGUUUUCAAAAAAAAUUGCUUAUACAGUUUUUGACACCUAAGACAUCAUAUAAAAAAAUACUUGGCAUUUUGUUAUAACAUUUAUGAUAACAAAUUUAUAUUUUGGCCAUUACGCUUAUUAUUACAGUAAUGCGAUACUAUAGGUAGCGGUCGAAGCCAGUAUUCUUAUAUAAAGUAAAUUUCUAAAUAUAUAUACUGGUAUAUUAAAGAAAUAAGUAGCUUACAGUAGUUUUACUGUUUUCAAACGAGUAUUGUAUAAAAACCCUUUUUUAUUGUAUAAAAAUGCAAUAGACAUUACCAAUAUAAAAAUGAAUUUUCAUAUAUUGUAUUCUUUAUAUGCUUCAACGAAUGAAUGUAUGAACUUUCUUGCGCAUAGUAGUUCAUAUCUAACUCAUUCCCUAAAAUAUGCGCAUCACGAUUGGUUGGUGUCAAUUUUACGAUUUAACAUUAAAACGAAACCACUUGUAUCUUAUGUAUUUAAUUAAGCCAAUACAUAUGAUUAUAUGCUCUAUAUUACAUAUCUGAUACCUGUGGAUAAUGCACAUGAAAAUAAAGUAUAUAAACAAUU